AUGGGCGACGGGGUGGCUUUUGAGGCUGCCAGGAAGAUCAUCAUGCACCCGCUCUACGCGUCGAGGUCCUCGCCCUGGCUCGACCUCAAGGUGUUCUACGUGAGGGUCAGCAACUGCAUGGUGGACGAGUCCGCGCCGGACCAUCUCACGCUCAACCACAUCCCGCUGUCCCCCGACACGGUCAUCGAGGUCAACGGGCGGCGGAGCAGCAUGCACACCGAGUUCGUCUCGUCGUCCCUCAGAAGGGACAGGAUCGACAAGAAGACCGAGGAGGCCACGUACGUGAGCACGGAUAGCAUAAGGAUGACGGGGAGCGUAAGGUUCCAGGUGUUUGAUAAGAACGAUCUCUUGCUCACCGGGGACCUGGAGUUAUGCAAUGCCAAUGGUGUGGUCGGGGAACCGAAGAGCAGCAGCAAGAAAUGGAAUAUCAAGUGCCAAUCCUCGGCAUCGUCUAGUGGUUUCUUGAAGGGGAAGAUGUCCACGGGCCCAGACUCUGCGCAUCCUGUUGUCGAGGUUUACGUUGCUGGCACUUUCUCUGGCACGCCAAUUAUAUUAACCAAGACGGUCCAGUAUAUAUCACGGAGGAAGUCCCAGAUGAAACUGAAGCUGGACUCUAUCCCUGAGAAUGAAGCAACUGAACUACAUACAGAGAACUCACACGGGGACUCUGUGAAGGUAUCAGAAUUCUAUGAUCCCAAGUCUGAGACAGACGUGGACAUGGACUAUAACAGCUUGUACUCGAGGCAGGACUUUCUAGAGGGCGAGGAUGGUGAGCUUUCAUGGUUUAAUGCUGGCGUGCGGGUUGGAGUCGGGAUCGGCCUCGGCAUAUGCGUGGGCGUCGGGUUGGGUGUUGGCCUGCUGGUCCGGACAUACCAAGGCACCAGCAGGAACUUCAGGCGGCGACUGCCCUGA